CUGCCGAUUUGUUGCUUCUGCUGGAUGAAAAGGGCAGACGCGCUGCGCAUUUUUUUUCAAAUCUUUUGAGUGUCAGUUCCCAGAAUGCCCUGCGCCGUGUAACGAAUUUCGGUUCGAGUUUAGAUUUUGGGCGCCAUUUUCGAGUGGAGUAGCUGAGCAGCAAAGGAGGAAGCGACUGUGCGCACUCCCAACUUGAAAACAGCCGUUCGGGAGACGGAAAAGGCUUCAUUCACGCUCGGCUACGACUCGAAAAAUCGGCAAAAAAAUCAAGGAAGCCGCUGUUAAAAGGGGCAAUUGAUUGGAGUGAUUUUUCAGGGCACCAUGCCACCCAAAAAAACCAAGACGUCCACAGCGGUGGCUAGAGAGGCCACAGAAAGCCCCAUGGCUGAGAGGAGCCGGGCUCCCGACGCGGUGCAAGCCGACCCUCCGGCACCUACACAAGAAUCUAAUAAUGAGCUGGUUGAUAGUCGAAGUUUAGAAGAGAUUUUGAGUGGCAUCCCUCCUCCCCCACCUCCUGCAAUGACAAAUGAAGCUGGAGCUCCUCGUCUCAUGAUAACCCAUAUUGUAAACCAAAACUUCAAAUCUUAUGCAGGAGAACGCAUUUUGGGGCCUUUUCAUAAGCGUUUUUCGUGCAUAAUUGGGCCCAAUGGCAGUGGAAAAUCUAAUGUGAUUGAUUCAAUGCUCUUUGUUUUUGGAUAUCGAGCCCAGAAGAUAAGAUCCAAAAAGCUCUCUGUGCUGAUCCACAAUUCAGAUGAGCACAAAGACGUUCAAAGUUGUACAGUAGAAGUUCAUUUUCAAAAGAUCAUAGACAAGGAAGGGGAUGAUUUUGAAGUAAUUCCAAAUAGCAAUUUCUAUGUAUCCAGAACUGCUUAUAAAGAUAAUUCUUCUGUCUACCACAUAAGUGGCAAAAAGGCAACCUUUAAGGAUGUUGGCCUUCUACUCCGAAGUCAUGGAAUUGACUUGGAUCACAAUCGGUUCUUAAUCUUGCAGGGUGAAGUUGAACAGAUUGCAAUGAUGAAACCGAAAGGUCAAACUGAACAUGAUGAAGGCAUGCUGGAAUAUUUAGAGGAUAUCAUUGGUUCAGAGAGAUUAAAGGAGCCCAUUCAAAUACUAUGCCGCAGAGUAGAGCUACUAAAUGAGCAAAGAGGAGAAAAGCUAAAUAGAGUUAAGAUGGUAGAAAAAGAAAAGGAUGCAUUAGAAGGAGAGAAAAAUAAAGCAAUAGAAUUCCUUACUGUAGAGAAUGAAACGUUCAAGAAGAAAAAUCAGCUGUGUCAGUACUACAUACAUGACCUGCAAAAACGAUCACGUGAUAAAGAAGCCCAAAAAGAGAAGAUACAAGAAGAUACAAAGGAUAUUAGUGAAAAAAGCAAUACGCUUUUGGAAACCAUGAAAGAAAAGAACAAGGCACUUAAAGAUGUGGAGAAGCAGCUUAAUAAAAUAACAAAGUUCAUCGAAGAAAACAGAGAGAAAUUUACUCAGUUGGAUUUACAAGAUGUCGAUACCCGUGAAAAACUGAAACACUCAAAAAGCAAAGUUAAAAAACUACAAAAACAGCUUCAAAAAGACAAAGAAAAGGUUGAUGAAUUAAAGAAUGUGCCUGCUAACAGCCAGAAAAUUAUUGCUGAAGAGACAAAUAAGAAAGAUCUGCUGGAAAAGCAGAAGGAGAAAGAGGAAGAGCAGCUUAAAAAUGUUAUGGAUAGUCUGAAGAAGGAAACCCAAGGUUUACAAGAGGAAAAGGAGGUAAAAGAAAAAGAACUGAUGGAGAUUAGCAAAACUGUGAAUGAGGCGCGUUCAAAAAUGGAUGUAGCUCAGUCAGAGCUGGAUAUAUAUUUGAGCCGCCAUAAUAGUGCAUUGUCUCAACUUAAUAAAGCAAAAGAGGCUUUAAACACAGCUUCAGCAACUCUAAAGGAAAGAAGAGCUGCCAUAAAGGAGCUAGAGACCAAGUUACCCAAGGAUGAAGGUGACCUUAAGAAACGAGAAAAAGAGCUUGAAAGCCUAGUUUCUGAAGAAGGAAAUAUCAAGAAUCAAGUUCGGGAGUUAAGGCAGAAAGUAGAAGAAGCAAGGAGUUCAUUGUCUGCAAACCGUAGCAGAGGAAAAGUUCUUGAUGCCUUGAUUCAGCAGAAGAAAUCUGGCAAAAUACCUGGAAUCUUUGGGAGACUGGGUGAUCUUGGUGCUAUUGAUGAGAAGUACGACGUUGCCAUUUCAUCAUCAUGUGGUGCGCUGGAUCAUAUUGUUGUUGACACCAUUGAUACAGCCCAAGAAUGUGUAAAUUUCCUGAAGAAACAAAAUGUUGGAGUGGCUACUUUCAUUGGCUUAGACAAGAUGAAAGUGUGGGAAAAAGGCCUCAAUAAAAUUCAGACACCUGAGAAUAUUCCCCGUUUAUUCGAUAUGGUGAAAGUGAAAGAUGAACAGAUAAAGCCAGCAUUUUAUUUUGCCUUGCGCGAUACCAUAGUUGCAAAUAAUUUGGAUCAAGCAACCAGAGUGGCUUUUCAGAAGGAUAAACGCUGGAGAGUUGUGACCCUGCAAGGACAGAUUAUAGAGCAAUCAGGUACUAUGACUGGUGGUGGUGGAAAAGUGAUGAAAGGUAGAAUGGGGUCGUCUGUUAUGGUUGAAAUUUCAGAUGAUCAGUUACAAAAAAUGGAAAACAAACUGAAGACUGACACUACCAGAGCUACAGAAAUUCAGGAUCGCAAAGCUCACCUGGAAGAGGAAGUAGCCAAACUCCGUCAGGCCACGAGGGAGAUGAAAAAUACUUUUGAGAAGUAUACAGCCAGCCUCCAGAGCCUUUCUGAACAAGAGGUACAUCUGAAAGCUCAGGUAAAGGAGCUGGAAGUUAAUGUUGCUGCAGCUGCACCAGAUAAGAACCAACAAAAACAGAUGGAGAAAAACCUUGAAACUUUGAAAAAAGAAUAUGAAAAAGUUGCAGAGAAAGCUGGGAAAGUGGAAGCUGAAGUGAAAAGGCUGCACAAGCUGAUAGUCGAUAUUAAUAAUCACAAGCUGAAAGCUCAGCAAGACAAAUUAGAUAAAGUCACUAAAGAGAUUGAUGAAUGUGCCUCUGCUAUUACUAAAGCUCAAGUUUCAAUCAAAACAGCAGACAGAAACCUGAAAAAGUCAGAGGAGGCUGUUGCACGCACUGAGAAGGAAAUUGUAGAGAAUGAUAAAUCUAUAGAAGAACUCACUGAAGACUUGAAAAAAUUGGAGGAGAAAGCGACGACAGUAAUGAAUGAGUGCAAAGAAGCUGAGUGCUCCCUUCCAGAGGUUCAGGAGCAACAUCGCAGCUUGCUUCAGGAAAUCAAAGCCAUUCAGGAGAAGGAGCAUGCUCUUCAGAAGGAAGCACUGAACAUCAGACUUAACAUUGAGCAGAUAGACAGUCACAUAGCAGAGCAUCAGUCAAAAAUCAAAUACUGGCAAAAAGAGAUAACGAAAAUAAGUCUCCACAAGAUUGAAGACAUCCCAGAGGAAGUUCUUCCUGGUUUAGCACAAGAGGAAUUGGAAGCAAUCAAAGAUCCUGAUCAAAUAAUAAAUCAGAUUGCACUUUUGGAAGCAAAAAGUCAUGAGAUGAAGCCAAACCUUGGAGCUAUAGCAGAGUAUAAGAAGAAGGAGGAACUUUAUCUCCAGCGAGUGGCUGAACUUGAUGAAAUCACCAAUGAAAGGGACAGUUUUAGACGUGCGUAUGAAGAUCUUCGCAAACAAAGGCUGAAUGAAUUCAUGGCAGGCUUUAAUAUCAUCACAAAUAAGUUGAAAGAAAACUACCAGAUGCUGACACUGGGGGGAGACGCUGAGCUGGAAUUAGUAGACAGUCUGGACCCAUUUUCAGAAGGCAUAAUGUUUAGUGUGAGGCCCCCAAAGAAGAGCUGGAAGAAAAUAUUCAACCUGUCAGGUGGUGAGAAAACACUGAGUUCUUUGGCGUUGGUAUUUGCUCUUCACCAUUACAAACCAACACCACUUUACUUCAUGGAUGAAAUCGACGCAGCUUUGGACUUCAAAAAUGUAUCCAUUGUCGCAUUCUAUAUAUAUGAACAAACCAAAAAUGCCCAGUUCAUAAUUAUAUCUCUAAGAAACAACAUGUUUGAGAUUGCAGACAGACUCAUUGGAAUUUAUAAGACGCACAAUACUACAAAGAGUGUUGCCACAAAUCCAAAGAUAAUUGCGGCAAAGGGACUCGCUGAGAUGCAGUCGGUGGGAUGUGCGUGAGCCUUUACUCAAAGGACUUGCCGUGUCUCAUAAUAGAUGCCAGCAACCUGUCGCCCACCUCCAUCAUCAAAACAUUCCAACUCAUUGUGUUUGGAAAUUCUAUGCUGCUGCUGUUACUCUUUUUCUCUCCUUUCCAUAUUCCUCUUCCUUUUCUCUCCUUUCCAUAUUCCUUUUCCAACCUAAUAUUUUACAGUGUGUGUAUAUAUUUCAGUUUGUAAUUCCACCUUUCAUCAUAUAUGUAUGUUCCAUGUUUCCAUGUUUCCAUGUAAAGAUGCUUUUAUUAUUUGAGAAUUUGAAUAAAAAUGAGUGACUCUUUC